UAUACUUUAUUUUCUUCUCUACUUUAUUUUCUUUUGAAAAAUGGUCCAAAAAAAGUCGAAUAGAAAUUCUUGGGAGACGGCUUUUCCUGCUUCGUAACAACUUGAAUCUGAUCAACUCCGUUUUAUGGCCCGUAUGAGUUACAUUGCUAUUGCCCAUUACCUUCUUUACCGUAAAAUCGUUCCGAGUGGUGUUUACAAGCGUCGACGUAUUGGCGAUACAAUCAUCUACUGCUUUGACUCAAGCAAGCGAUGGGGGACAAAACUUUCGCAAAUGAUGCAAGGGUUGAAGGAGGCUAUUGAAAAAAAAUAUGUUGAGAGCGUCUUGGUCGUUAUCAAUGAGGGGGAGGCUGCUUCGGAGGUCUUCAUUAUCCGCUUUAGUUAUGAAAAGGAGCAUUCACUCAGCAUUGUCAACGAGGAUGGUCAUCCAAUUAUCUCUUCUGAAUACAAAGACGAAAAGGCAUUCCGUUACCAAACCAAACACAUGAUCAAAAAAAUCAACAUUGUCACCAAAAAACUUUCUCCAUUAAAUGCUGGCGUUUCUCCUGAAUUAAAGCUUACUUAUUUUCCGGUGCCUAUUGAUUAUCAACCACCUUUUUUUGAGGCAGGGAAUGGGACUUACAAUUUUGUUACCAAACCUACAUUUUAUACUUAUGGUUACAUUUCGUCAGUCUCUACAGCAAUUGCAUUUCAACUUAAAAGUACUUAUUUUGACAAGGGGAAAAUUAACGAAUUGGAGGACACUCUUUAUGAUGAGGCUGGUAUUGUUGACAAACAAUUUGUGGAUGCAAAGGAUGUUAGCGGUGAUUGUUUCUCUGAUGAAGAAGAAAGUCCUAUUCAACAAAUUGCGGAAAGUCCAAUGAUGGAGGUUGAAGUUCCACGUGGUGAGGUUGUUUACAAACAUGUCUUUUUGGAGGAUCCCAAGUCGUCGAAAUCAAUGCGUUCACUUUUGAAGAGUCCGGAGGAUCAGCUUGCUUAUGAUGGUGCCUUUUAGGAUGUUUUUUUGUGAAAUUUUUUUGUUGGCAUUUUAAAAAAUAUUUUUUUCUCUCUCAUCUAAUUUUGAUUUACUGUCUUGUGCCUAUUUCUCACCUUUUUCAAAUCUUUUGGGUUUUUUUUCUGAAGGAAAUCCUCUUUAAAAAUUAUUUUUUUUCAUAUUUC